AUGAGUGUGGUCAGUAUGAACCCUGCUGAUGUAGAUGACAGACCGCUUCCAACCGAUUGGAUACGUCGCCAGUCCAAAUCAAGAAAGGACAAGUAUUAUUAUUUUAACACUGUCACACGUGAAUCAAGCUGGAAGCUUCCACUUGAUAUUCCAGCCAUCCAUGAUGACUCAUCUGCUCAUAGCAAAGGAAGUGUAUCAAAGAAAGAGUGUGGGAGUGAUGGAUCUAGCACAAGAAAGAACAAGAAAAAAUCCAAGAAGCACAAAAUGCCCAAUCCAGAGCAUUCAGUUUCUGGAAAACUGUCUUCACCAACAGGACACUCAAGCCAAGAGAAAAAGUUACCAAAGAUGACAGAAACCAUGCUGAAUUCCAGUAGACAGGAACAAAUAUACAGUAAUUCUAAAGCUUAUCGCAUAAGUGCAUGGGUGGAUUCUGUAGACACAACUUAUACACCCAGUGAACAGGGAAGCUGUGUGAGUGAGCCAUGUGUGCAGGGUAGCUAUGCUGAAAGUGACCAAGUUAGUGUUGACGACUUUCCUUUAAAAAUGCUUUGCAGAAGACCAAUAAACGAGCAAAAUGUUCCAGUAAAUGCUACAGGUAAACUCCUGAAAAAGAAAAUUAUAAACAUGAACAAAAUCAACCAUAAUGCAAGAAUUGACUCCAAGUAUAUGUCGCAUCCAUACAAAAAAGGAUAUAUGCCUAGUGGAGUAAAUGUACCACUGCAUAAUGGAAUUUCAAGGAAUUUUAAGCAAGAAAAACAAACACCAACAAGUUCUAGUACCAUUCAUACACCAUUCAGUCCAUUAUCUCGUCAUCCCACUGUCCCUGGAACAAAUUCUCACAAAACAGACUCGUGUCAGAAGUUAGUAACCAGCUCUGUAGCUUAUCAAACACCAACUGAGGAAGAAAUGCCACUGGACAGUCAAAUAUCCUUCAACAGCUAUGGAAAUGCUGCUUACGAAACAGAGACCAGUAAGCCACAGCAGUUUGAUAGUAAUGAUGUUGCAAUGGAGAUUGAUAACUAUGAAGAACUGAAAGAUCAGAUUAGAGCAGAGCUACAAGGGAUCAGAUCAGAAUUUGUUCUAGAUCCUUUAAAGGUAGAAGCUGAAUCAUCCAGGCCCUCAGCAGUUUCAUACAAGGACACCUUGUAUGUUAUUUUGGAUACAAAUGUCCUACUCUCACAUCUGAAACUCAUUUCUGAAUUAAAAGACUUUCCCAUUGAAGGUGUGGCCAGACCAGUUCUUGUGGUGCCAUGGAUAGUGAUUCAGGAACUAGAUUCACUUAAGAGUGAUUCAUGGAGAAUAAAGCGAGGAAAGCUAGUUACUGACACAAAUCAGAAUGGCAGGCUAGGUGUUGAUAUCCUUGCAAGGCAGGCUGUCAGAUUUCUUCACCUUUGUUUUGAGUCUAAUCAUGCUCGAGUUAGAGGACAGACAGUGUCUGAGGCUCGGGAAAUGAUGGAGAGCUGUACUAUUGAAAAUCCUAAUAAUGAUGACAAGAUACUGCAGUGCUGUUUAUUAUUUCAACGGAAGGCGGAAAAUGGAUUUGCCGUUUUGUUCUCUAAUGAUCAAAACUUAUGCAGUAAGGCUAUUAUUAAUGGAAUAAAAGCUUUCAAUCAUCAGAGUCUUGUCACAGGAUUGAAAGAAUUAUUCCAGAGCAGUGCCUUAGUGUUAAAGAAAGAUUAUUUUCAAGACUAUUAUAAGGAGCUUCAAAAGCAAGAGGUUUUGGCAGAAAAGAGAGCCAAGGCUGAUGAUCUUGUAUGUGAACUUCAGUGUGUCAUGAGGGAAGGAUUAGCUGUUGUGGUGGAGACUGAAAUGAGAGCAGCGUAUGAAGAUCUCUGGGACAAGAUUGUGUUCAUAAAACCACCGUGGACCUUAGCUGAUCUCCUUCAGUUGUUAGACAAACACUGGAUUGCUGUCUUCGGUCAAGUGUUUAAAAGGAAUAUCAGAACAACAGUGGAAAACCUACGAAAGCAUUUCAGUGGAAGUGGAGGUUCUCCUGGCUGUUUGGCUAAUGCCUCUGUUUUAUUGGACCAGGCGCACGAUCUCUUUGAGUGUAUAGCUCAACGUUCAUGUUACAAUGGAGCGAUAACCAAGUGUGUGACAGCCAUUCUCGUCCUGCAAAGAAAAUGUAAAGAAUUUCGUUCAGUUCAAGUACAGUCUACUGGCGCUCAGUCCUCUGUUGUCAUGGGUACUCCUCAGGUCCCAGCGCUCCAUGGGCCUGGCACUAGUAAUUCCCCACGAUCCUCUUCUAACGAAACGGUGCAAGAGGUUUGUUCUCCUGGCUGUUUGGCUAAUGCCUCUGUUUUAUUGGACCAGGCGCACGAUCUCUUUGAGUGUAUAGCUCAACGUUCAUGUUACAAUGGAGCGAUAACCAAGUGUGUGACAGCCAUUCUCUUCCUGCAAAGAAAAUGUAAAGAAUUUCGUUCAGUUCAAGUACAGUCUACUGGCGCUCAGUCCUCUGUUGUCACGGGUCCUCCUCAGGUCCCAGCGCUCCAUGGGCCUGGCACUGGUAAUUCCCCACGAUCCUCUUCUAACGAAACGGUGCAAGAGAACUUCUCGUUGAGAUUUGAAGAGGGUUCAGAAGAGAGUAGCAUUGUGCACGAGAUUAACACAGCACAGGCAGACAGCAAUCCUCAUGCCCUGGUCUUGUCAACUUUUGAGACAAUAUGGAACGCAGUUAAUCAGUUCAGUGCACAGAUAUUUAACGGUGUUGGAUUUCCUCAUCCCAUACCACAGAACGUUUUGAAGGAUCUGGCUCAACCAUCAAGCGAACAGGCUGUUCAGUUCCUUAGCCGGCUCUGUUCAUGUUUGGCAUUUGUUGUCACAGCCAUUCAAAGUGUUCUUCAAGAACCUAAAGGAAGCGAGAGAGGAAAUUUUCAAAUGUUUGAAAAUUUGUUACAGGCAGUUACGCAAUUCCUCCAGGAGAUAUUAUCCAUGAAUACUAACGUCACAGCGACGGACUUGUUUAAAUUUGCCAGGGAUCCAAACACAAGGAUGGGCCUCAUUCAGGGGUGCUCGCAAUUAGACCGUGCUUUGGCCACCCUCCAGCAGUGUUCCACUUGGGUGGUGUCCUCUGAACUGUAGAGACUGGUAACGAGUACUAUCGUUGGGAACACAACAUCUACCAGUUAGAAUAGUCAAACCCUUUGCUGUAGAACGCGAACGAUAGAAAAAUCUUAUUUCAAUGUGGAGACCUUCUCUUGUGCUCUGAAAAUACCAGGGUAUAGUUUGAUGAAGUUUGAAUUUACGGAAAAGAUAUUAUGACUAUGUGCUUUUGCAACACCCGGUCACAAUUUUUAUAAAUCAUGAGUUUAAGUAGACUACAUGACUCGUUGCUAUAAUUUUCUAAACCACGCUACAUUUUUCCUAUUUAUUUUGUUUUUAUUAUUUAUUUUUACGAAGUUCUUUUUCGGUCCUUGUUUGGUAUCAUUUUUAAGAUGGGCAAACUUUAUUUUGGCAUAGGGAUAAAUAAUGACACUCUUCUUUAGUGUUCUCUUCCAUGUCACAACAUAACAACAAUAGCAACAACGACAACCACGAAACAGCAAUGACAACAACAACAACAACAAAACAGCAAUGACAACAACAACAACAAAACAGCACUGAC